AUGAGCGAUACGGAGGAUCUGCAGACUUACUAUACUCUGCUCGACAUCGAGGAGUCCGCUACUCCCGGAGAAGUGCGGAAGGCGUAUCUCAAGAAAGCGGCAGAAUGUCAUCCGGAUAAGCAUCCUGAAGAUGAGGGAGCGACAGAGCGAUUUCAGGCUCUGGGUGAAGCGUACGAAUGCCUGAAAGAUCCGCACGCCCGCCGAGAAUACGACACCAAGCUUGAGCACCUCCGACGAUCGUCAUCGCGCAGGUCCAACUCCCCGCCACUACCCUACUCCCACACUGACCAUUUCGGCGGAGCGCACGGGCCUCCUCCAAUGUACGCCCAAUAUCCCCGCCAACCCCACCCAUCUCAUCGCCCACACACCUUCUUCCGCGCGACCGGCUUCUCCACCUUCCCGUUCCCACCGAUGUUUCGGCCUGAUGGGCCGCAUCUCCUGAACCCCUUGUCUAUGCUGUCGGAGAUGAUGGCGUCGCUGCCUAUGCAUGGUCUUCCCAGACCCGGCGGAGCUUUCUCAGACUUCCCAUUCGGUCCAAAUAUGAAGCGUCAUCGACAUCCUCAGCCCAUACCAAAUUUUGAUCCAUUCGGCAUGUUUGACCAACCCUUCCUUCCCCAUCACCUUGGACACGGUAUGGCACCUUCCGCACCCGCUUUCCGGGGCUGCCCCCAUCCUCACCCGCAAAUGCACCCUCGACACCGGCCGCAACACCCCCACCCUUACCCUUUCCCGCCCGUCUCCGGACGUCCCGCGCGCCCGAUCGCUGGAGGCGCUAUGCUGCCACAUAUGGGUGGUCCGGUCCCGAUUACCAGGCCGCUUGGACCACAAGGGGCGCCGAGGCGACAUCAGGCGACGUAUGAGAUCAAGGAUCCAACGGGGCGGACGACGGGAUUUGUGCAUCAUUCGUCGAUGAGCUGGAGUGCUUGA